CUCUAGCGCACAGCCAGGUCAUAGGAAACCACAAGCAAAUCCAGCGCACACACAGAGGGAGAUGGCUGCUGAGACACUCAAUUUUGGACCAGAAUGGCUCCGUGCGCUGUCCAGUGGGGGGAGCUUGGCCUCCCCCCCACCCUCUCCUGCCAUGCCAAAGUACAAGCUUGCUGAGUAUCGCUACGGCAGAGAAGAGAUGCUAGCACUUUACGUCAAAGAGAACAAGGUCCCAGAGGAGAUCCUGGACAAGGAGUUCGCUGCCAUCCUGCAGGAGGAGCCGCUGCAGCCGCUGGCCCUUGUACCACUCACAGAGGAGGAGCAGAGGAAUUUCUCCAUGUCUGUGAACAGCGUGGCAGUGCUAAGGCUGAUGGGAAAAGGAGGUGGAGCUGCCCCCACAGGAGUCUCCCGGGGGAGGGGCAGUACCCGGAGCCGAGGCCGGGGCCGAGGCGAGAGCGGGUUUUACCAAAGAAGCCCAGAGGAGGCGGAGGGGGCAUUUGGGCGUGGGGGCCGAGAGAUCCAUCGCAGCCAGAGCUGGGACGACAGGGGGGAGCGGAGGUUUGAGAAACCAACCCGUCGAGAUGGAACCCGGGCUCCCUUUGAGGAGGGGCCACCCCCCCGCAAGGACUAUGCCCGCUCGGACAGCAACAACUGGCGGACGCUGCGGGAGGAACACGAAGAGGAGGAAGGGGGAGGCGGGGGGGCUGGCCCCACCCCCGCUGGGGGAGCUGUGGGGGGCAGCUGGCGGCUGAGCGGGGGCCGGCGUGAAAGCGAUCGCUGGCGGUCGGCCAGCCCAGAUGGCGCACCCCGCUCAGCAGGCUGGCGGGAGCACCCUGAGGGCCGGCGGCGCAAGUUCGACUUCGAUUUCCGGGAGCGGGAGGAGGAAGGAGGUGGGGGGCGGGACCGGGGCAGUGAUGCCUUUGAGGAUGACAAGGAUGGACUGCCUGAGUGGUGCAUGGACGACGAGGACGAGGAGCGCCCUGGGGGCCGGCUGCGCAAGUUCGACUUCGAUUUCCGGGAGCGGGAGGAGGAACGAGGUGGGCGGGGGCUCCGGGGCAGUGAUGCCUUUGAGGAUGACAAGGAUGGACUGCCUGAGUGGUGCAUGGACGACGAGGACGAGGAGAUGGGCACCUUCGACUCAUCUGGUGCCUUCAUGCCCCUCAAGAAGAGCCCCAAGGAGCCAAUCCCUGAGGAGCAGGAGUUCGACUUCCAUCCCCUGCAAGAAGAGGAUGAGAGGUUGAAACUAAAGGAGGAUGUGUGGGAUGGCUCUGAGCCCAGCUUGAAGGAGGCCCCUGAAAAAGAGGCCAGGAAGGAUCCUUCGAGUGCCCCGGAGGAGAAGUGCUGUUCCCCGCCCGGUGUCCCCUGGCUGUCGGGCCCCCCUUUUGCUGCUGCUAUCACCACUGCCACUAGUGAAUGUGAGAGUGCCCCGCUGGGGGGCUCCGACCCCACUGCGCCUAUUGGCACCUGCGACAAGGAGCCUGCUGUGGAAGGGGACCCAGGUGUCCUGGGCCUCCAGUCUCAGCUUAGUCCGGACGCUGUCUCCACCCUCUCCUCCCCUUCCUCCAUCACCAAUGCUGCUACUGAGUUCUCCAUCGGGGACAACGAGGAUGACGAUGGGAUGAAACAUCUUCAACAGGAAGCGGAGAAGAUGGUGGCUUCGCUGCAGGAAAGCUCCCUGGAAGAGGAAGGCUUCAGCCAGGCCAUGCAGGAGCCUCGCAACACAGCCGCUGCCCUGCCCCUCUCGCAUGAGGCUGCCAUGAAGUGGUUCUACAAGGACCCCCAGGGGGAGAUCCAAGGGCCCUUCACGACGCAGGAGAUGGCGGAGUGGUUCCAGGCUGGCUAUUUCACCAUGUCCCUGCUGGUGAAGCGAGGCUGCGACGAGGGCUUCCAGCCGCUGGGAGAAGUUAUCAAGAUGUGGGGAAGAGUGCCUUUCGCUCCAGGCCCAUCGCCACCUCCCCUGCUGGGGAACCUAGACCAGGAACGGCUGAAGAAGCAGCAAGAGCUGGCUGCAGCCGCCCUCUACCAGCAGCUCCAGCAUCAGCAGUUCCUACAGCUCAUCAACAGGCAGCAGUUUGCCCCCUGUGCGCUACAGCAGAAGGUGGCGACAGGGGACCUGACCCAGCAGCAGCUCACGGCUUUCCUGCAGCAGCUGCAAGCUCUGAAACCCAGAGCAGGGGAGCAGAGCAUGAUGCCGGCGAUGAACAGAUCCAUGUCCGUGCCAGACACGGGGUCCCUGUGGGACACGCAUACCUCAGCCUCACAGCCUGCAGGCGGUGAGGCCAGUCUAUGGGAUAUACCAAUUAAUUCUUCAUCUCAGGGUCCAAUCUUAGAACAACUGCAACUACAACAGAAACUCCAGGAGCGCCGCGAUGCGGAACUCAGGGCUAAGCGGGAGGAGGAGGAGCGCAAGCGGCGCGAGGAGAAGCGGCGCCAGGAGGAACAGAAGCGACGCGAGGAGGAGGAGCUCUAUCGGCGCAAGCAGUGCCGGCAACAGGAGCUGGUGCUGAAACUGUUGCAGCACAGCCAGGCGCAGACCGUGCUCUGGAGGUGGCCACAUCUCAGUGCCAGGUGUGGUGACCUGUCUCUCCCUUCCCAGCAUGGGGCUCUUGCUAUGAACAGCCACCUCUCACAAUGGGGCGCUGACUCCAGCCAGCUCUGGAGUAGCCACGAGAAGAACAUGAGCCUAUGGGAGGAGACCGUCAAGAAUGCUGGCCCACUUGUGAGGAGCAUGGGCCUUAAGAACAGCCGCAGCAGCCCCUCCCUCGGGGACACUUACGGGGGGCCAGGCCGGCAGAGCCGGAAGAAGACGGACGAGGAGGAGAAGCUGCUCAAACUGCUUCAGGGGUUCCACAAGCCCCAGGAUGGCUUCACGCAGUGGUGCGAGCAGAUGCUGCAUGCCCUGAACACCUCCAGUAGCCUCGACGUACCGACGGUGGUAGCUUUCCUGAAGGAGAUGGAGUCUCCAUACGACGUCCAUGACUUCAUCCGCUCCUACCUGGGCGACACGCUGGAAGCCAAAGAGUUUGCCAAGCAGUUCUUGGAACGGCGCGCCAAGCAGAAAGCCAGCCAGCAGCGCCAGCAGCAGCAGGAAGCCUCAUGGUUGAGCUCUGGCAACCUGCCCUCUCUGUUCCCGGCCAACCACAGCUCCAAGCAGCCACCUUUUGAGGGCAGCCAGCCCGUGAAGAUCAAGAGGAGACCUGUCAUGCUGCAUGCUGACCCCAGCAUCCUGGGCUAUUCGCUGCACGGCCCAUCAGGAGAGAUGGAAACCAUAGAAGACUACUGAAGUCUUGUAGCAAUAGUAAAAUCUCUGCUGCCUUCUUAACCGAUUCAGUCUUACCUGAAUGUGCACUGCGAAGGGACGAGGUGGCCUUGCUGCACCCUCCUCCCUUUCCUCCCGCCCUCUCUCGCCCUCCCAGUGAGCGGGGGGGCACAGUGGAUGGCGGCUGGGAGGCGUGUCCGCUCGGAUUGGGGCCGCUAGUGAGCCGCCUUCGGAAGAGGAGUAUGUGAGCACUUCUUUCUCCAACACACGAAGCACCUUAAAAUGCAACCUGUUGAUGCACUUUAUCAAGACUUUUUACAAAGAACUGAUUAAAAAACACACAAAAAAGGAAAAAAUUUGAUUUUUUUUUUUGUGAUUCUGGAGGAAAUUUUUAUAAAGAAACUUUAAAAAAAAAUACAAAAAAAGGAAUUGUUCUAUCAAACACUGUUAUUUUCCCACGGUGGCAAGGGGAAGAGGAAAAACAGAAAACUGGGGAAGCAGAAAAGAGAAGAUUUAAUAAUAAAAAAAAAAACCUAAAAAAACAAACAACAAAACUUGAAGAAAUGCACUUAUCCUACGGACUGACUUUCGUUUGUUUUUUGGGAACUGGCCUGUUUCUCUUGCGCUGCAGGCCUGGAUGUAAAUAUCUCUAUAUAUAGUUCCACAUGGGAUAUUUUCUCUUUUCAAGAGGCCAUUUUUUUUUAAAGCGAGACUUUGCAUUUUUGAAAGUUGCACAACCGAGAAACAAACAACUUCCCUCCCUCCUGUUGGUUCCCUCGUUACAGUUUGGUGCCUGGCUGCAUUCAGUACGGAGCAGGCUUCAGAGGAGUGGGGCAGAUAGCUAAGGGCACAACAUCUGACUGCAUUCACCAGAGCCAGGUGCUCUUCCCACUAGCUUUCAUGUAACAAGCUCAUUGGGGUUCCUGCGCUCUGGCUACUCCUCUAGCUCGGUGAGAGCUCCUAGCCUGCUAGCUCUCCUGACUUCUUGCCAGUCUCUGUCACCUGGUUUCCUGCCUGUUCUCCCGAGCUCCCCUGUUACAGAUGGAUCAGUUCCUGUGAGCUCUGCAGUCUCCGCUGGCUUCCUGCAAGCUCCCUGCAACAAGCUCCACCUCCUGUCUGGAUUUCCCGUACAAGCUCUGCCUCCCCAGCUGGAUUUCCCCUACAAGCUCAACCUCUCUGGCUGGAUUUCCCCUACAUGCUCUGCCCCAAGAAGCCGUCCUUCUGUGAAUUUCAUUGCCUCCCCCACCUGGCCUGCUUUAUCCUCCCUGGCUGAUAAGAAGAGGAUUUCUUUGGCACAUUUUUUUUCUGGGGUUGAGGCACUUUUUAAGCUCUCUGGGCAUCUUGUUUAAUUUUUAAUUUUGCCUUUUCCUCACUCCCGAGGCACAUGCCCCCAUCCCAGUGGUCCUUGUGGGGUUUGGAUUUUUGACAGAGGCAGUGGUGUUGAAGCAGUUCUGUGCAUGGGUGUGGCAGCUGGGGGGGCGCUAAACCUGCACUGCACUCAUUUAUGAAUGUAUUUUUGAACGAGAAUUGGAAAGACAGAAUCCGUGAAAUCCUCCUGGCACCACGGAUUGGUCUGUGGCUUAGACACAAGUAAAUAAAGCUCUGGUCUCUCUCUUGCACGCAAGAUCUAUAUUUUUUAAAACCAAGAAACAGUUGAAUUUUCUUUUGAACGAUCACCACGCGGAGAGGUGAGAUUUCUCUAUAGAUAAUGCAGCUGUACAGAUUUUGGAGGGGAGGGAGAAGUCUGGUUUUUUUUUGUUUUGUUUUAAUUUGGGCUUGAAUAUUUUUUAAAUUGCGCGUAUGAAUCUGUUAUUUCUGUUUACAGACCAUCUCUGGGACGUUGUGUCUCAUGGGACGGUUGCCACUACACAGGGUACUUUUCAAAGUCAAAAUCUUCCUGAAGAGGAGAUGUGGGUUGUUGUUUUUAUUUUUUCCCCUCUUACAAGUAUCGCAUCAGAAAUUGGUUUGUGGGAGGGGAAGGAGGAAAGUUCUCCCAUUCUCUGCACGAGACACUGGACUCCUCAGAGACAACGCUUUGCCCCGUUUGGAGCAAUCCAGGAAACAUGUUGGCCUAGCUGUUGUCAGGUGCUGUGAACUCCACGUUGAAGGUUUCGCACCAAAUGGCUGGGCUCUUUGUGAAGUCGGACUUAAGAGUUUCUCUCAUGUGUUCUUCCUUCCCCUGAUUUUGAGUUUUCCAAGUCAGAGCAGCUUUGGGGUGGUUAAAAGAACAACCAACCUGGGAGGUUUCCGUUUAUUUUUUGUUCUGAAGUUUAGGUUUAUGAAUUUUCAAUCGACCAAAUAGCAAAGACACUUUUAUUUUUGAGAUGUUGUGGGGGUGG